UUAAUGGCCGAUCGAGUUCUCGGUCUUCGUGAUCGCGUCGAUGCUGUUCUCGCCACUCGUGGAACGGAAAUCCUCGCGCUUCUUUCAAGGAUUGAAAGCCAUGGAAAAGGAAUCUUGAAGCCUCACCAGCUUCUAACUGAGUCUGAAGCUAUCUUCUUCAAGGAUGGCAAGAACAGACUCCAUGAUGGUGUCUUUGAUGAAAUCUUUAGAAACACCCAGGAAGCGAUCGUGCUGCCUCCAUGGGUUGCGCUCGCUGUUCGUCUGAGACCUGGUGUGUGGGAAUAUGUAAGAAUCAACGUGAAUGUCCUUGUCGUUGAGGAAUUAACUGUUGCCGAGUAUCUUCGCUUCAAAGAAGAACUCAUCAAUGGAAGCUCAAAUGACAACUUUGUGCUUGAGCUGGACUUCAAACCUUUCACUUCGUCCUUCCCCCGCCCGACCCUCACCAAAUAUAUUGGAAAUGGGGUCGAGUUCCUUAACAGACACCUCUCUGCUAAAAUGUUUCAUGACAAAGAUAGCAUGAGUCCGCUCCUCGGUUUCCUCCGAACCCACCAUUACAAGGGCAAGACAAUGAUGCUGAAUAACAGGAUCCAAAAUCUGAAUGGUCUCCAAUCUGUGUUGAGGAAAGCAGUAGAGUAUCUAACCACACUCUCUGCAGACACCCCAUUUUCGGAGUUUGAACAUCGAUUUCAAGAGAUCGGUUUGGAGAGAGGUUGGGGCGAUACCGUGGAGCGAGUGAUGGAGAUGAUGCAUAUGCUGCUCGACCUUCUCGAGGGUCCUGAUGCGUGCACUCUCGAGAGAUUUCUUGGAAGAAUUCCAAUGGUUUUCAACGUCGUGAUUCUAUCUCCUCAUGGCUAUUUCGCUCAAGAGAACGUAUUGGGAUAUCCUGAUACCGGUGGCCAGAUUGUUUACAUCUUGGAUCAAGUUCCGGCUUUGGAGCGUGAGAUGCUUAAAAGGAUCAAGGAACAAGGACUCGAUAUCGUUCCCCAAAUUCUAAUCGUGACAAGGCUCCUUCCUGAUGCAAAAGGAACCACCUGCGGGCAACGUCUUGAGAAAGUUUUCGGGGCGGAACAUUCUCAUAUUCUUCGGGUACCCUUUAGAACCGAGAAGGGUAUCCUACGUAAAUGGAUCUCCCGUUUUGAGGUUUGGCCGUAUCUCGAGACUUUCACCGAGGAUGUUGCAAAAGAAGUUACUGCAGAGUUGCAAGCAAAGCCGGAUUUGAUCAUUGGUAACUACAGCGAUGGAAACCUCGUUGCAUCGUUGCUCGCUCACAAAUUAGGCGUCACUCAGUGUACCAUUGCUCAUGCACUCGAGAAAACCAAGUACCCCGAUUCCGACAUCUACUGGAAGAAGUUUGAGGAGAAGUAUCACUUCUCCUCUCAGUUUACCGCUGAUCUUAUUGCAAUGAAUCAUACCGAUUUCAUCAUCACAAGCACUUUUCAAGAAAUUGCCGGAAGCAAGGACACGGUGGGACAGUACGAAAGCCAUACGGCUUUCACGAUGCCUGAACUGUACAGAGUCGUUCAUGGGAUCGAUGUGUUUGAUCCAAAAUUCAACAUCGUUUCGCCCGGUGCUGAUACGGGGAUCUACUAUGCUCAAACCGAGAAAGAUAGAAGAUUGACUGCACUCCACCCUGAAAUCGAGGAGCUUCUCUUUAGUUCUGUCGAGAACAAGGAACACCUAUGUGUUUUGAAAGACAAGAGUAAACCGAUUCUAUUCACAAUGGCGAGGCUGGACAGCGUCAAGAACUUGACCGGACUAGUCGAGUGGUAUGCCAAGAACUCGCGGCUUCGCGAAUUGGUGAAUCUUGUUGUUGUGGGCGGAGACCGAAGGAAGGAAUCGAAAGAUCUUGAAGAACAAGCCCAGAUGAAGAAAAUGUAUUCCCUUAUCGAGGAGUACAAAUUAAACGGGCAAUUCCGAUGGAUUUCUUCACAGAUGAAUAGAGUAAGGAAUGGUGAGUUGUAUCGCGUGAUCGCAGACACCAAAGGAGCUUUCAUUCAGCCUGCGUUUUAUGAGGCGUUUGGAUUGACGGUCGUGGAGGCCAUGACCUGUGGGUUGCCAACGUUCGCAACCCUCCAUGGCGGCCCGGCUGAGAUCAUCGUUCAUGGAAAAUCUGGUUUCCAUAUCGAUCCUUAUCAUGGUGAUCAGGUGUCCGAGCUGCUUGUCGAAUUCUUCGACAAGUGCAAGAAAGAUCCCGCUCACUGGGAGACUAUCUCGAAAGGUGGCUUGCAGCGGAUUCAGGAGAAAUACACAUGGCAAAUAUAUUCGGACAGAUUGUUGACACUUGCUGGCGUAUACGGAUUCUGGAAGCACGUUUCGAAGCUCGAUCGCCUUGAGAUCCGUCGCUAUCUUGAAAUGUUCUUAGCUCUCAAGUAUCGAAAACUGGCCGAAUCUGUUCCAUUGGCGGUCGAUACCUGAUCGUGCUCGGUCCCGAAUCUCGUUAAGCCGAUGUURGCGAAAGGAGUCAUGGUUUAGGAUAUAGUGAUAGCGAUAAUAAAACGAUUUGUGGGUCUUGUAACUCUUGCUGCUCUAAAAAUUAUGCAUGUUUGAAGUUGGUUCAUUUCAU